CGGUAUUCCAACGACUGCCAAUCAUGCCUUCAUCCGAGUAUCACCAACUCUCGACGUCGAGAGAGGACGAGCUGGACGUUAUUUCUCUCACCGACCAGGAGAAAUAUAUCCCGAGAAGGAAGAAGUCUAUUCUCGCUUGUUUUUUGUGGCUGCUGGUUGCGCUUCUGGGGCUAGGUUUCUACACGGCGGCGGUGCUCUACUAUGCGCAAGAGUUCAUCCACAAGCCGUACUGCCCGCGGUUUGCGGCGAAAGACACGGUUCACUUGUGGGACAAAAUCGGGUAUAAGCCUGCGCCUUUCAAUCCAGCCACGCCACACCACUCCGACCCUUUCCUCGGCACUCCAAGCGCCGAACUUGACGCCAACUGGCGCAAGCUACUACUAACCUUCUCGAGCCGGCUCCCCAAUUCCGAAGCACAGAGGCUGGGGCCCGAUUCGGACGCCAUUCCUUUCGAUGACGGCAAGGGCGGUUUUGUUGGCGGCAUCGCCGUGGUCCACAACCUACACUGCAUCAACUACAUCUACCAGACAAUACACGAAGACUACUAUUUUCCCAACGUCACGGAGAAGCAGCGAGAUAAACAAAGAAGCCAUCUUUCACACUGCCUUCAUCACUUGAUGUCCUCGGCCAAGUGCCAGGCUGACAUGACGCCGGUGCUGCUCCACUGGACAGCGGACGACCACGUCCCGGUUCUGAAAUGGGACGGCGUGCAACGGUCCUGCGUGGACUGGGAAAGCUUAAUGAAGUGGGGGAACGAAAACUCAAUGACGCACUCCGAGACCAUGCCGUCAGUUUCUAAGAUGAAGCACCCCAUCUACAGCCACUUCGUUGACGAGCACGGUAGGUUCAUUCUCGCCAACCUCGAGGGAGUGGUGGACUUUGGGGAGUUCUCGAAAAGAGCGGAUUACCAACAUUGGGCGAGGGAGGAAGGCAUCGGGCCGGGGAAGGAGGAUGCGGAGCGGUUCCUGAAAGAGUUUGCCAAGAAGCAGAAUGAGUACUAUGGUCAUCACUGAGAGUUGGUUUCGGGGGAUUUGCGAGGUUUUCGCCUAGGUAGGUAGUGGUAAAAUUGCAGUAUUACCGG